AUGCCCGCGUCUGUCAGCCUACGUCUGUGCCUCAGAGUACGGUACCUCCUGGUGCUCAUCUCUGCGCUCUGUGCGGUGGGGGUUCUCGGCUGGGGCUGCACAGGGCACAUGGUUCUCGCCGAGAUUGCGCGCCGACAGUUGGACCCGUCGAACGAGAAAAAGAUCCAGGCGAUGGCGAUGAAGUUUAAGGAGAGCGGCCCGUUCCUGUUGUCUCCAGACAUGAUUCAGGCUGCGUGCUGGCCAGAUGAUGUGAAGAGGUGGGGCCAGGACGCCAUGAGCACGUGGCACUACUACGCUAUGCAGUACAACCCGGAUGGUAUCAAUAUCACGGAUUCGGUCGAGGCAGUGAACGCCGUCUCCGUCUCCCUCGACAUGAUAACAUCGCUGAGCAACGUUAGGUCACCGCUGUACAUGUUGAACUUUGCGUGGGUGUAUCUAGUACACUUAAUUGGUGAUCUGCACCAGCCCCUGCAUGCAGUGUCGAGGUACUCUGAAAAAUACCCGCACGGUGACCGCGGCGGCAACUUGGUUUGGGUUCGCGUACAGACGAAAAUGCUGAGGCUGCAUGCCUUCUGGGAUAAUAUUUGCACUGCCACACCAGUGUUGUACAGGCGACCCCUUUCCUCCACCGACCUCUUGGCCAUCUCUGAGACGGCGGAUCGGCUGCUGAAAACUUAUUCGUUUUCAAGCGACUUAAAGACCAUGCAGGACGUGCAGAGGAUGGCAAAUGAGAGCUACGCGUUUGCUGUGAACAGCAGCUACGCUGACAUGAUCCCGGGCACGACUCUCAGCGCUGCUUAUAUUUCUCGAUGCGUGGAAGUCGCUGAAAGUCGUUUGACACUCGGCGGCUACCGCCUUGGCUAUAUUCUGAAUAAGCUCCUGUCAGAUAUCGACGUAGACGAGAACGCCAUGAAAGCAUACAGUGCUGCGGUGCUGAAGCGGGGCGCCACCGGUACGCCACCGGUACGCACGGCCAGCAGGCUGUAA